GAUUUAUAGGAUGGUGGCACACUUGUAAUGAAUUGGAGAGAACAAUAAAAGAGGGGGAGCAGCCACACGUCUUGCUGUCAUUCCGGAAUAUUGCUUGAAAUGCAAUACAUAAGUCUCAGGCAGGUGUCUUUCAACAAAGUGAGAAUUAACUCAAGAAAAUGUCUCUGAUGAUAUUUUUAGUAAUGUUUAUCACUGAAUCUGCCACAGAGAAGCUGUGUCCCCUUCGAGCGUCCAUUGAUGUACUAGAAGGGGAAUAUUUUUUCCUUUGUUUUCCUGAGUCAAUGCUGCGUUUUGAGACAGAAGGAUACAAAAUAAACUGGUACAAAGAAAAUGCUGGAAGGCAGAAGCUGAUAAAGGAAACACAGAGAAUUAUUUUCCAAAUGAAUUUUCUGGAGUUUUGGCCAGCUGAACUCAGUGACUCUGGGAAUUACUCUGUCAUUCACAGCAAUGGAAGACAAAAUUUCACAAUUCAGAAGUGGACCUUGAAUGUCCUUAAAAGGAAUAAAAGCAGCUGUUUCAACAAAAAUCAUUUGACAACCGAAAUUCAGAAUGCUGGAACAGGUCAUUCACUGAAAUGCAGUGAUUUGUCUGUCAAUGAAAAUGACAGCGUAACAUGGUACAAGGACUGUAAGAACUAUGAAAACGAAACAGAACGGGAACUGGAUUUUAAAACCUUAACAGUUCAGCACUCUGGUAUAUAUACCUGUAAAAUUUUGAUCAGUCAUAAUGGAAGGAUAUACCACAGCACAAGUACAAUUAAGCUGGUAGUAGAAGAAGAUGCACCAGAGGCUGUCACUUUGGAGAUAGUUGGACGCGAUGAAGAAAUUGAAACAGAAAUAGGUAAAGAAGAGAUACUCAAUUGCACAGGUUUCUUGGGUUAUGAUAUGCGAGAAGAUGCCAGCCUUUACUGGUUGAUUAAUGAAACAUUUCCAGAAAAAUGCUCAGAUAUCCCCAAGAAUGACCUUUCGAUAUGUGAAGAAGAACUCAAAAAAUUACAUUUGGGAAACAAGUUUUAUGUCACAAGGCUACUACGGAUUAAAAAAGUAAGAGAUGAGGACUUGCAUCACAAUUUCACCUGCAAGCUUCAAGCUGAUGAAGCAAUGCAAAUAAAAAUAGUGAAACUGAAGAAAGGAAACACCCGAGAUCUGCCAGUGCACCUAUUUACAACUGGAAUGAUUCUUGCUGUACUACUUCCAUGUGUUGUAGUAGCCAUGACAGUUGUCUGUGUGAUGUUCAGAGUAGACUUAGUUCUAUUUUACAGGAACAUAUGCAGAAGAGAUGACACUGCUGGAGAUGGAAAAGAAUAUGAUGCUUUUGUGUCUUAUCUGAAAGACUGUGCUUCCACUAGUGAAGAAGAGAGAGAAUUUGCUUUGAAGAUAUUACCAAUGAUACUAGAAGAAAAUUUUGGGUACAAGUUAUGCAUAUUUGAGAGAGAUGUCUCCCCUGGAGGAGCUGUUGUUGACGAUAUCCAUUCAUUCAUUGAUAAAAGUCGAAGAUUAAUCAUUGUACUGAGCCAAAACUACAUUUCUGACACAGCCAUAUAUGAACUUGAGAGUGGACUACAUAAAGCUCUAGUUGAAAGGAAAACUAAGAUCAUAUUAAUUGAAUAUAUGCCUAUAAGUGACUACAAUUUCUUGCCAGAAUCGCUGUCUCUUUUACCAUCAAAGAGGGUUGUGAAGUGGAAAAAGGAUAAAUCUCUUCCUGUGAAUUCCAGGUUUUGGAAGAACCUUCGGUACCUGAUGCCAGCAAAAUCUACCAAGUCAAACACCAAAGGGCACUGUAACAAUCUAUAUCUAGGUUCAGAAGGGACUCAACCAUGGAUUGGGAACUGUGACUGUAAUGCAGUCAUAUAGAAAUUAUGGAGGUGGAAGAUGCUGCAGAAAAUUGCCAGUUUUGCUAAAUUCAAAUAGAAAACACAAACUGUGCUUAUUUUUGGGAGAUAGUGUUCAUAAGAGGCCAAGUCUGAGGUUUAAGAAGAAUAUAAGAAACGUCACAGUGGCUAAGAUGAUGUUAAUUCCAGUGGUAAAUGCUAUUCCAGAGACAGUUUCCUCAGUAGUCUACACAAGGAGCUGAACUCUGAUUCUGCAUAGGUCCUAACACCUUGCACCAAGAACAGCACAUAACUUUUUGGUUUCAUAUUUUCCUUCUAGUGGAAUGAUGUUAGUUACACUUGCAUACUUCUUGAGACCCCUCAAUGAAUUUAUCAGUAUUUACAAAGUAUUAUGAUCCAGAUGCUCUCAGUUUUGUGUUUUGGUAUUUCCCAAGAAUCCUGCUUGGGAGCUGACCCAAAUGGCUCCUGCCCCAGGGAUUUUGGCAUAUAGGGUUUAGGCAGCAUUGAGCAGAAAAGUCAAGUGAAAAUCGAGACAAGGAAGGAUAGAAGGAAUCAGAUAUUUAGUCAGGCUAACUGCAUUCACUCCUGAGUUGUGUGUGGUCUAGACAAACUAAGUGGCAGUGAUUUGGAGGAAUGGUAAAGUCUGCUUUCAUCCUCUAAUUUAGCUGAGAGUACUGUAAAUUGUCAUUUUGGCAGAGAGAGGAGAGGAAUGGGAUAGAGCUAAUAAUACUUUGUCCAUGGACACCACUAUCUACAUCAUAUCCUGAGCUACAUUCAGCUGAGAGCUGUAAAAAUGAGCUCUUCAGUAUACAUACAUCUAUUCCUAAUGCUUUAGAACAUUAGUAGCUAGCCUUAUUUUCAAUAACAAACCUAGCAAUGCCAUUCAAAAUCAUAAUCAUACUCUGUUACUAUUAGCUGCCUGGCAGAAGAUUAGAAUCGGACAUACAAGUUCCUGGAAACAAAAGAACUUUAUUUCCUCCUAAUAUCAAUAGGAAACAAGUAUUGGAAAAUUAUUUUGGAAGAACUUCAGUCACUUUGCUAGGAGAUCAUCAAAGCUCAUCCCACUCUCAUCAUUGUCUUGUAUUCAACUAAUGCUAGUUCUGAGGAGAUAUAUCUUUGAUACUGACACUUAAUUCGUGCAGCUCUGUUAUCUUCUUGGUGCUUUUGAGAGUACAGUUGUAGUGAUGGAUGUUACAACUGUCUCAGGAUUUAUGAGAAUGAAAUACCUUGUUGUUUUUCAAAUAUUCCCUAAUCACACAAAUGAGAAGGAAUAGAGGAAUAAGACACACAUUUUUGGUGUCCUUCAUAUCAGCUCCAAGAGGUCUCCCUAUUCCAGUCAUGCAACUAAAGAGCUGUUAAACUGUGGGACUUAGGCAAAAACCUUCCUCUGGCUUAAGCUUUCACCAAAGAGGGUUUCUACUCUGUAGAUAAGUGUGCCUUUAUAUUUCUAAAUCUUUCUCAAACUUCAGUUCUUUUCCACCAGUGUUUCCUGUUUUAACAUUUAACAUGUUUCCUUUUUAACAUUUUUCAGCAGGACUAAUUAUUGCUCCUACUUCAGAAAUGCCAUUGGUUGUACUGUGCAUUUCCAUUCCUUGGCCAUGAAACUAACAGAAAUGGUGGUAAACUUCCUGGUACUUAACCAAUAUGUUACUUUUGCUCCUCAGCCACAUUGUUUUCCAUAUGUUGCCAUCAACACAUUGCCUAACAGCAUAAAUUGUCAAAUGUGAAUAUGAAGAGUGCACAGAGUCUAUUUAAAGCUUUGGACUGAGCCUGCCCUCUAUGAGAAUCAGCUAUUAUAAAGCAAGAUUAGAUUUUCUGUUAACUCCCCUACCUCAGCUUGGAGAGGUGGUAUAGCUAAUCCUCACUGCCCAAUGCCUUGGGCAGUGGUAAAAGGAGACAAAGGAAAUUAAGUCUACAAUAAUGUUGUUCUUAGUGCUCUUAUAUCCAGAAUUGGAUUUUUGACUGACUUCAACCAGGGCUUGGAAAUGCCUGCUUUCUUUUUGCAUAUCUCUAGAGAAAAGAAGCUGCUAAUGUGACUUUUAUAGACUGUAGUUGUGCUGAUUUGCCUAAUCAUAUAUAUGUCAAUUUACAAGUGACUUCACAUGAUAGUUUGAAGUAAGGGGUCAUUUCAGUGAUUUCUAUAGCAUUUCUGUUACAUUUCUUUGCUCUAAAUAAAACUUUAUUUGCCCCUCCACACAACAGUGGCUUCUGUUUUUGCUGCAGUUAGACAGUGGCAAGUGUCAAAAAAUGUACUUCUAGUAAGAAAAAUAAUGCAAGGAGCAAAAAUAUGCUUAGACCUGCUCUCCACGAGCAAAAAAUAUCUCUUCUGUACUGUAAAUAAACGAAUAAAUAAAUAAAUAAAUAAACCAAACCUAAUCCAA